GUUGAAAUUGACACGCAUUUUAAUAGGGUAAUUUUUCAUAAAGUACAGCCACACUAAUUACCGGAAGUGACUGUGAACCUUUCUUCCAGGCGAAAUAAAAACCAUUUCUCGUCCAUUCUGUUGGAGUCUUUUUCGGAUAUCACACGCUAUCCGUGGCUAACCAAAAAUGGGCAAGGAAAAGAUUCACAUUAACAUUGUCGUCAUUGGACACGUCGACUCCGGCAAGUCCACCACCACAGGACACUUGAUUUACAAAUGCGGUGGUAUCGACAAACGUACUAUCGAGAAGUUCGAGAAGGAGGCCCAGGAAAUGGGCAAAGGCUCCUUCAAAUACGCCUGGGUGUUGGACAAACUGAAGGCUGAGCGCGAACGUGGUAUCACCAUCGACAUCGCUCUGUGGAAGUUCGAGACAGCGAAGUACUACGUCACCAUCAUCGACGCUCCUGGACACAGAGAUUUCAUCAAGAACAUGAUCACGGGAACCUCUCAGGCCGAUUGCGCCGUGCUGAUCGUCGCCGCCGGUACCGGUGAGUUCGAGGCCGGCAUCUCCAAGAACGGCCAGACCCGUGAGCACGCGCUGCUCGCCUUCACUCUCGGCGUCAAGCAGCUGAUCGUGGGCGUCAACAAAAUGGACUCGACUGAGCCUCCAUACAGCGAGUCUCGUUUCGAGGAAAUCAAGAAGGAAGUGUCCUCCUACAUCAAGAAGAUCGGUUACAACCCAGCUGCCGUCGCUUUCGUACCCAUUUCUGGCUGGCACGGAGACAACAUGCUGGAGGCGUCCACCAAAAUGCCCUGGUUCAAGGGAUGGCAAGUUGAGCGCAAGGAAGGUAAGGCUGACGGCAAAUGCCUCAUUGAAGCUUUGGACGCCAUCCUGCCCCCAGCACGUCCCACAGACAAGGCUCUGCGACUUCCCCUUCAAGACGUCUACAAAAUCGGUGGUAUUGGUACAGUGCCAGUAGGCAGAGUAGAAACUGGUGUCCUUAAACCAGGUACCAUCGUUGUUUUUGCUCCCGCUAACAUCACCACUGAAGUUAAGUCUGUUGAGAUGCACCACGAAGCUCUCCAAGAGGCUGUGCCUGGAGACAAUGUUGGUUUCAACGUCAAGAACGUCUCUGUCAAGGAAUUGCGUCGUGGCUAUGUUGCUGGUGACUCCAAGAACAACCCACCUAAGGGAGCUGCAGACUUUACUGCACAAGUCAUCGUGCUCAACCACCCUGGUCAAAUCUCCAAUGGUUACACACCCGUGUUGGAUUGUCACACCGCUCACAUUGCCUGCAAGUUCGCAGAAAUCAAAGAGAAAGUAGACCGUCGUACUGGAAAAUCCACUGAAGAUAAUCCCAAAUCCAUCAAAUCAGGUGAUGCUGCCAUUGUCAACCUAGUACCAUCCAAACCCCUCUGUGUCGAGAGUUUCCAGGAAUUCCCACCCCUCGGUCGUUUCGCUGUGCGUGACAUGAGGCAGACUGUUGCCGUGGGAGUCAUCAAGGCUGUCAACUUCAAGGAAGCUGGCGGUGGCAAGGUCACCAAAGCUGCCGAGAAGGCCACCAAGGGCAAAAAGUAGCUAGUGCUGUUAACAGCUCAAUUCUUCAUUCAACUGCGAUACUUCAUUCACCGAAAGGUGUUCAGAAGGAAAAAAGGGCUACAAACUCAUUCCUUUUCUAUAUUUUUUACAAGGCUUAUACUGUAACGUUAUUUUAUAAUUUAUAAGGUUAUACAUAUAUCUAAAUAUUUUGUUACGACUACAACUAAAAUGUAAAUUCAUAGAAUAAAAGGUAGCCUCCAGUAAUAAAUAAACAUGGUUUUAUUUA